GUAAGCAGCAUGCCACGUCAACAGCCUCGAUACCGAAUCUCUUUCUCACCAGCGUCACGUCAACUGCUGCCAACAAUGCUCUCGUCAGUAUCUGAUUGUCAGGUCAGCAACAAAGUGCCACGUAAGCAAUGUUGCCGUCUUCAGUUCAAGGUGUUUACGUCAUCAUCUUCAAGGGGGAGUGUACCAGAUGCAUGGAAAUCAAUGUCUAGACUCACGAUAAUAAUCGCGCACGUGAGGGGCCGUCUUACAAGGCUUGAAAGACUGACUGUGGGAGCACUGGUCGUGGUUGAUGUUCAUGCACGAGAUGUCGUAAAGGGUUUGGCAGAUCAGGCAGUUGGAGACGAGACAGACUUUCAGUGGAUGAGCCAACUUCGCUACAUGUACGAGGGGACAAAUGUAUUGGGCAGCAAGGCGCGAGGGCAGGUGGAGGUGAUGGUGGUCUUCAGGAGGAAGGCGCAGGUGUGGGUGGACAAGGGUGAUGAGGGGAGUCGAGAAACAUGGGCUCAAGCAGAGAACAAAAGGACGAUGGAAAAUGGAAACAUACAAGUGAUCCAGGAAGGGGGCCCAAAGAGGCGGAAGACAGUGGAUGCGGAAGGGAAAGAGGAGGUGGUAAGCCUUCCUGCAAACAAGAAAGGAGAGGAAAUGAGAACAGAUUCGAAAGGAACAGGGUCCGAGAAGACAAGAGAGGUGAGCAAAGGUGAAGGGGACAACACAACGACGGAUAGUGAGGAGGAUCUUCACAAGUCUCUACACUGGCUCAGGGAUUAUGUGGAGAAGGUGAAGAGGGAGAGGGAACAUGCUUUUGAUAUUCGUGCAACUUGUCUCAAGCAUGAAGAAAGAUCUCAGAGAAGUGUCAAGAAGGGGUUGGGAUUGACACUGAUGAAUAUUCACCCAUUGAUUGCUGCAAGGUAUGUGGAAAAAUUCGACGAAUGGCAGAUUGCAACAGAUGUGUCGUUCCAGAUCCCGUGUUUUGAGGAAGGGCAAAAGGUGGUUGUCGCACUCCACGAAAAGAUAUCCACGGAGUACCCAUUGGGGGUGUAUGACUCCAUGCCAUGCAACUCUGAUCAGGAGGACGCACAUCCUCAACCAGAGCACGAGGGUUCAGCUUCGCAGCACGCAGAACAAGGAAGACAUUCACCUCAAGCCUUCUCACCACUGAUUUUCAAGCUGCCAAACACGACAAAGUUGAGAUCGGGGAUGAAAUGGAGACCCUGGAGGACGUUCACAACAAUGCCAUAUAGUGUCUUAGCGGGCUCGAGUCUGCCGGCAGAGCUGGCUGCAGUCUCAUUGUCUCUGCUGGUUGCUACAGGAAUGUUGGAUGGUGAUGGAGACCUGGAUGCGAGAGCAUACUCGGUGGACUGGGACAGGUUUUACAGGAGUGACGGAUCUGAUGACGAGGCGCUGGAAUGGCAUUCGGAUGAUGAGAAGGAAGAAGAGGACCAGCUGGGUGGGAUAGUCUCAAACAAUGAGGACGGCGAAGACCUAGGGAACAAUCUGAGUGCUGAAAAUAUUAUUCAAAGAGUGAUGGCUAACUAUAUGUCUGCAAUGCCUGCAAACCAUGCUGUGAAUGGCAAAGGAAAGAAGCAAGCUGAAAGUGAAGAGGAUGAUGAUGAUGAUGAUGAUGAUGAUGAUGAUGAAGGCUAUGGGCACUGGCACAUUUCGGGCGCACAACUCACCCCUCACCGACGAGCUGUGCUUGAGCAGAUACCCAUGGGCCACAGGACGACGGACGGGGGUUCGGCGGACAUUCGCGGGGACAAUGUUGUGGUGGAGGUUGAUCCAGAUUUUGGUGGCACUGCAGAACAUGCAAAUAGAGACAUCGGUGCGGACAUGGACGACCUGCCUCCUAGAACAGCGGAGGUCACCAAUGCUGCGGGCGGCGAUGUGCUCUCCACUUCUAACCCGGGGUUGGGGAUGGGGGAGGGGUUCACCGCCCUUUUGCACCACGUGGCCCCCAUUGCGCCGAGCGGCUCCAAGAAGGACUUCUGUGAACACCUGUCUGUGAUGUCUCCAAUGCGGAUUGAUUUUGAGGAGCAGACUCCUUAUUGGGCCAGAUUCACUAGACCAACCCCACCCGGUACCUCGAAGAUGGAGCUGGAGCUAUGGCGCCACAGGCCUGCAGUCACUUUAGCCUCAGAAGUCACAGGGUGCCCUGCCACAAGUUGCAGGGACUGCACCUUUGGAGGUGUAGCCGGUCUGCUCUUGGGGCUACUGGCUUGGGAUGAUGCAGCAGCAGAGGACCUGGCAUGGAAAUGGGGUGUAGCAGGAGGAGUAGGAGUAGGAGUAGGAGUAGGAGUAGUGGAAGAGCCCUUUGGGUUACCCAACCGGCCAACCAAGCAUCACAUUGAGCUGCUGCCUGGAGCGGUCCCUCCCAAGGGCUGCAUCUACAGGAUGUCACCUGCUGAGCUUGAGGAGCUCAGGCGACAGCUUGAGACCCUGACCAGCAGAGGCUGGAUCAGGCCCAACACUUCUGAAUUCGGUGCUCCAAUCCUCUUUGUUCCAAAGGGGAGUGGCGAGUUCAGAAUGUGCAUAGACUACAGGGGUCUCAACAAGAUCACUAGGAAGAGUACAGAGCCACUUCCUAGGAUCGAUGACCUGCUGGACAUGGUCCAGGUCUGCACUAUUUUCAGCAAAGUCGACCUCAAGUCUGGCUAUCACUUGAUUGAGAUGGCAGACGAGGACGUCCACAAGACGGCCUUUAAAACCAGGUAUGGUACUUACGAGUACCUGGUGAUGCCAUUUGGACUUUGCAAUGCACCUGGCACAUUCCAGAGUGAGAUGCACCGCAUAUUCAGGCCGUACCUGGAUAAGUUUAUGGUUGUCUACCUGGAUGAUAUCCUGGUAUUCAACAAAACUACCAGGGAACAUGCGGAGCACCUGGCUUUGGUUCUUCAGUCGUUGCGUGACAGCCAGUAUAAGAUCAACAGGGAGAAGUCCUCUUUUGGAGUUCCCUCUGUUAUCUAUCUGGGUCAUGUAAUCUCUGGAAAUGGACUGGCCCCUGAAGCAGCCAAAGUUGCUGCUAUUCAGGAUUGGCCACAGCCCCAGACAGUGAGAGAUGUUCGGUCUUUCUUGGGUCUGGCCUCCUACUACAGAAAGUUCGUCAGGAACUUUUCUGCAGCGGCUGCACCCCUGACUAACCUCACAAAGAAAGACACUCCCUUUCUUUGGUCCCUUCACUGUCAGAUGGCCUUUGCACGACUCAAACAAGCCUUGACUCAUGCACCUGUUCUGAAGUUGCCUGACCCCACCUUGCCUUUUGUGCUGACUACUGAUGCUAGCCAGUAUGGCAUUGGGGCAGUCCUUCAGCAGGAUGAUGGGAAUGGUCUGAGACCUGUAGAGUUCAUGAGUAAGAAGAUCAAGACUCAGAAGCUUCAAGACUCUACCUACGAGAAAGAACUUUAUGCUCUUGUCAAUCUGCUGUAUACCUACAGCAAAGGAGAGGAGCGCUUGUGCAUCCCUGAGGAUCAGCAGCUGCGGACACUGCUGAUGUCAGAGUGCCACGAUGCGCGUGGACACUUUGGGUUCCUAAAGUCGUAUGCAGCCCUGUCGCAGCGCUUCUUCUGGAAGGAGAUGCGGAGUGAUAUGCUGCGCUAUGUGGACACCUGUGAGCUCUGCCAAAGGAAUAAGGUUCAGCGUAAACCUCCUUUGGGAUUGCUCAAACCUUUGCCCAUACCUGAUGGUCCUGCCCAGUCUGUAUCCAUUGACUUCACAGACUUAGGCAAGACUACCCCUCGUGGCAUGCGUCAGGGUAUGGUCUGUGUGGACAGGUUUUCCAAAUACGAAGAGUUCAUCCCCUUGCCAGAGGUAGCCAGGGUACCGGUUGUGAGAGCAGCCUUUUCUGAGAGGUGGGUCACCCACCAUGGACCGCCCACUUCUAUUGUUAGUGAUCGAGACCCCAGAUUCUGCAGCGAUGAGUGGCAGUCCUACUGCAAGGACUAUCUGCACUCACGCCUGGACAUGACUUCUGCUCGCCAUCCUGAAGCCAAUGGAUUGGCUGAAGUGAUGAACCAAGUCCUGUUCCAGUUGCUACGCCCUGUGAUCUCUCCAGAUCAGCAGGAUUGGGAUCUCCACUUGGCGAGGGCACAUCUCAUGUACAACAUGUUUGUCCACUCCUCGACAGGAUUCAGUCCCUACCGGCUACACUGGGGACGUCAGCCACGACAGCCUCUCGAUGAUAUCAUCGACAAGGCUAAGCCUGACCUUACCCUAGGCACUGCAGAGUUCGCCAGACGCUAUCGUCUGGAUGUGGAAAGAGCCCGAGCGAACUUGUUAAAGGCCCAAAAGGCCAUGAUUGAACAGGCUAACCGCCACAGGCGGCCUUCCCCCUACCGCACUGCUGACUAUGUCUGGGUGGCCAGUUCUGAGUUGUCGAGGGAGGAGGAUAUUUCUCCCAAGCUGUUGCCGCGCUACCUGGGUCCGUGGCAGGUUCUAGAUACAGUGGGCGCUGAUCCCUUCGGUCCGUCGUACGUCAUCGACCAGGCGGAGAUCCUUGGUCUCGACAACUCGGUUGCUCAUCUCCAAGACCGCCUUCAGCGGUUGGAGCAGCGACCAGUCGCCGCCGCCGACGCAGGCUCUUCCAACACUACCGACCGCCUCAACGCACUGGAGUUGGAUGUCGGCUCACUCAAGGAUGGCGCGGAAGUACAGCAGACCGCGACGCAACAAUUGCAACAGCGGCUCGGCACUACGGCCACCACCUCGAGUCCGGAGCCGCGCGAGUCAGCUCCUAAGUUCGAUGGGCAGGAGAUCUUCCGCGAUUCAAUCAAGACAGAUCCAAUUCCAUGGUUUCGCAAGUUCGAGCUCACACUGCAGCUCCACAACGUCAAGGAACACAAGCAUCACGCCUACUUGUACUCUCGCUCAGGGGGCGCGUGUCAGGCUUGGUUGGACAACCUGUUGUCCAAGUACGGAGUGGUAGCCGCCGACUUGCACACCAAGAUCAGUUGGGAUGAUCUUAAGGCGGCGUGGCACAAGCGGUUCCAGGUGGAGCCGCCAGAGAUCAAAGCCAUGGACAAGCUCAUGGUCUUCGAGCAAGGCACGCUGCCGAGUACGGACUGGAUCGCCGAGUACCAACGCUUGACGUCAGUCCCAAACAUCCAGAUGGGCUUCAAGGCCAUCCGCCACUAUUUCAUCUCAAGGUCAUAUCCGGCAUUGAGCAAUGCCCUGACGCAUGUCGAAGACACCUUGACGACGACGGCGGAAUUAUUUGACAAGGCUGCGCAGAUCAUCGUCACGAACAAGGAGGCCAAAAACCUCUGUUCAUCUGCGAAGGCAAACCCGACGGCGAUCCAGUUGGCGGAUGGAAAGACGCAGCAACUUCUCGACCGUUACAUCGAGGCCGUACCGGUCUACUUCGCACCUCAUGCAUGCGAACCGGUAACAUUCGAUAUUCUCGAUACGGACUUCGACAUCAUUCUGGGAAUACCUUGGCUUGCAAGUGGGGAUCACACGGUCAACUUCCAUCGGCGGACUCUUAGCAUUCGCGACGCCUUCGGCGCGGAAGUGGCGUGUACUAUUCCUCUACCGCACCCUUCGAUCCGGUGCCAAGUGGUGACGGCCAAAUCAUUCCGGGCGACUUGCGCUUACGAGCAGCCCGAGGAGAUCGGCCUAUGUUUCCUACGGACCGUCGCGGUAGCUGACUCUUCACCCACGGACUUGUCUUCGGACCCCCGUGUGGUGCGGUUGCUGGACGAGUUCGCCGACAUCUUCGAGUCACCUACCGGUGUGGUGCCGGGUCGGCCGAUCUCUCACGAGAUCAUUCUUGAGGCCGGUGUCGUGCCGCCGAAAGGUUGCAUCUAUUGGAUGAGCGAGGAGGAACUUGAGGUACUCCGCGCACAACUCGACGAUUUGUUUGCCAAGGGCUGGAUCCGCCCAAGUAGCUCCCCAUAUGGAGCACUAGUUCUCUUCGUCGGGAAGAAGAACAAGGAUCUACGAUUGUGCAUCGACUACCGCAAGCUCAACGCGCAAACCGUCAAGAAUGUGGGGCCUGUUCCUCGCAUCGACGAUCUUCUCGAGCGACUGGGCGGUGCGAAGUAUUUUUCCAAGUUGGAUUUGAAAUCAGGAUAUCAUCAAAUCUCAAUCCGGCCAAACGAUCGCUACAAGACCGCGUUCAAGACGCGGUACGUGCAUUUUGAGUGGGUGGUCAUGCCUUUUGGCCUCACCAACGCCCCGGCGACCUUUCAGGCAGCCAUGACCAAUGAGUUCCGUGCAAUGUUGGACCGGUUCGUGCUGGUCUACUUAGACGAUAUUCUCGUCUAUAGCCGGUCAUUGGAGGAUCAUCUGGGGCAUCUUCGACGAGUGUUGGAGACGCUCCGCCGCAACAAGUACAAGGCCAACCGCGACAAGUGUGAAUUUGUGCGGCAGGAGCUGGAAUAUUUGGGCCAUUUUGUCACACCAGAGGGCAUCAGUCUGCUAUCGGACAAGAUUCAGGCCGUCCAGGAGUGGCCGGAGCCUCGGAAUGUCACAGAUGUUCGCUCGUUCCUCGGUCUUACCGGCUACUAUCAGCGCUUCAUCAAAGGCUACUCCAAGAUCGCGGCCCACUUGAACAAGCUUCAGUGCGAGGAUAGGCCGUUUGACUUUGGAGAGGAGGCGCGGGGAUCAUUCCUCGCUCUCAAAGUCGCGCUAUUGUCUGCGGAGGUCUUGCGAAUCUACGACCCGCUUGCGCCUACUCGUGUCACUACGGAUUGGUCAGGCUAUGGCAUUGGUGCAGUCCUCGAGCAACAUGAUGGUGUGGACUGGCACGCGGUCGACUACUUCAGCAAGAAAGUGCCCCUCGUGCAUUCCAUCGACGAUGCACGCAAGAAAGAGCUCCUCGCCUUCGUCCACGCGCUCAAGCGGUGGUGGCACUUCCUCCUUGGUCGAAGCCAAUUUCGUUGGGUAACGGACAACAAUCCGUUGGUCUUCUACAAGACCCAGGGCACCGUCAACAGCACCAUCGCUCGAUGGAUGACUUUCAUCGACCAGUUCGACUUCUUCCCCGAUCACAUUUCCGGGAAGUCGAACCAUUUUGCGGAUGCUCUUUCACGGCGUCCGGAUCACUGUACCGCGGUCUACUCAACCUUCGAGAUCGACGACGACCUGCGGAACAGCUUCAUCCGCAGCUACCCUGCCGACCCCGAUUUUCGCGACAAGCACGCGAAUUGCUCCUCUCAUAAUCCGACUCCUUCUCACUACCGGAUCCAAGAGGGGUACUUGCUUGUCCACACGCGGGGGAAGGACCUUCUUUGCGUACCAAGUGAUCCUCACUUGCGUACCCGGCUUCUUGGCGAGUUUCAGGAUGCUCCCGCUACCGGACAUUUUGGAGUUUGCCGACGCUGCAAAUCCCACAACCAUCGUCCGUACGGCGAGUUACGACCAUUGCCAGUCCCGUUGAGGCGGAGGGAAGCGAUUGCCAUGGACAUCACCGGCCCGUUCCCCAAGCACAAGACCGGAGUGGAUGGGAUUCUCACGGUGGUCGACCGACUCACCAAGUUCGCCAUGUUUUUGCCUUGUCGCUAUCAUGCCAAGGCACCGGAGUUGGCCGAGGUUCUGUACGCCGGUUGGAUUCGCACCAAGGGUUACCCCAAGGAGAUCGUCUGCGACCGCGACACUCGGUUCAUGUCCGAUUUUUGGUUGGUGCUCAUCAAGCGAUGGGGCUCAUCUCUCAAGCCCAGCUCAGCUCGCCACCCUCAGACCGAUGGCCAGACGGAGAGGGCGCAUCAGACCGCACAGGUUCUCCUUCGCACGCUUAUCCGCCCCGACCAGAAAGACCGGGUUGAGCGACUGCUGGAUGUUGAGUUGGCCUACAACUCUUCCAUCCACCCGGCUAUUGGGAUAUCGCCCUUUGCGUUCGAGCACGGCUCGCCGGUCACGUCACCGUUGGACACGAUUACUCCACGCACAGCCGAGAGCGACGACCAUCUUCUUUUCUUGCGUCAGAUGCAAGAGCUUCUUGUCAAGGCACGCGACCAGAUGGCUAAGACGCAGCAGCGCAUGAGCCAGCAGGCAAAUCGCCAGCGUCUUCCUUGUCCAUUCCGCGUCGGGGACCUCGUCUGGGUUUCAGCAGCGGAAUUCAGCCUUGAACAAGACAUCUCUCGCAAGCUCCUUCCGAAAUGGAUGGGGCCUUGGCCGAUCAUUGAGCCCGCUGGGGACGCACCUGAACAACCUUCCUUCACGAUUCAGGUGCUUAGCCACUUGCCCGUCUACCGAGUCUUUCAUUGUUCCAAAUUGGCUCUGUACACGCCAGCGGAACAUGACGAUUUUCCCGGGAGACGUACGCAAGACCCACCUUCUAUGGAUGGUUUUCAGGAGGUCGGCGACAUCAUCUCCCAGCGACGCUACGGCAACAAGCCAACUGAGUAUUUGGUGCAUUUUGCCUACUGCACACAUCGAACUGACCGUUGGUUAACCCGUGCGGAACUGCAAGCAACAGCUCCAGACCGCCAGGCUCCUUCACACGUGGUGAUGGAUACCGUGCAUGUUUAGUCUGAGUUCAAACAUUGAUUGGACUAGUUAGUAGUACUCUAGCAGUCUGCUUCGUUACUCUGAACUACGUGAAUGAGGUCAGUCCUGUCAGGUCAGUCUUUGUAUCAAAGUCUUCCCUGCGCUAUUCAGCACCUUUUGUAUGUAUGAGAAUGUACAUUGUCUGUCGAGAUUCUACUCGCACUGUAUUGUCCAAUCAGUCCUUUUCAUCACAUUGCAGUUCCUUGGUUAUUACGUACUUCGCAUAUCUGUGCAUGUAACACAGACUCAGGGAUCAAGUCCCAUCGGACUCAAAACCGACAAACAAAACACAUCCAAAUUA